AUGAUGAAGCUAACUGUAGAGAAAUAUCGUUUCAUGAUUCUCUUUAUCAUCCUUGUUAUAAUCAGCCAAUCCGCUUUGGCAUCCCGAAAUUCAAUGAGACAUCGAGAACCAUGCAAGCGUCUCCAGCUCUAUUACCACGACAUUCUAUUUCGAGGUACUGAUGCGGCAAAUGCAACAUCGGCCAAAGUUGCAAACCAGACAGCGCUUGGCGACUUCAAAUUUGGCAUGCUGGUUGUGUUUGAUGAUCCUAUCACAGCAGACAACCAUCUUCUGUCUCCUCCAGUUGCACGAGCUCAAGGGUUCUAUUUCUACAACAAGAAAGACGAUUACAAUGCAUGGUUUGCCUACACGUUGGUCUUCAACUCGACCCAGCACAAGGGCACCAUUAGUAUUAUGGGUGCAGAUUUGAUGGCGGAGGAGAGUAGGGAUUUCUCAGUGGUUGGUGGGACAGGAGACUUUUUCAUGACUCGGGGGAUUGUAACGAUUCAGACCGAUACUUUUGAGGGCGCCUACUAUUUUCGCCUCAAAAUGGAUAUUAAAUUAUUUGAAUGUUAUUGA